UGGAAAUUUAUUAAAGGUCAUCUUUCCUUUUCAAAAUGAGCUUUCGAGCUCGUGAUGGGGGUUUUCGGUUGACAUCAACGCAUUUUCACGUCGUGCCAGCAUUGCCAUUGUUGAUACGGCGCAGCAAAAGAAGUCACCUAACCAUUCACCAACUCAACGUCAAAAUGGUAUGGAACCACACCUCCACCGUGACGGCCUCGUCUCUACAGGUCCCCUUUUUAGGGAAUCUCGUCGAGUCUCUGUCCGUUACUGCUCUUGCCAUUCUCUUUACGACCUAUGCGAUUCUAUACUUUGCUCAGACGAUUCCACUGUCAAAGAAUGAACCGCCCAUCAUCCCGUCAAGGAUCCCAUUUCUGGGCCAUGUGCUUGGGAUGCUGUUUCAGGGGGGCAGAUAUGUGAAGAAUUUGGGCCUCCAAAACCCCCACCACCCAAUCUUCACCCUCCCCAUCCCCCUCUCCCGCAUCUACAUCAUCACCUCGCCCACCCUCGCCCUCCCCCUCCAACGCCUCCCCCCCUCCACCCUCUCCUUCACCCCCCUCAUCCCGAGCAUAACCAAGCGAGUCCUCGGUCUAAACCCCCACACCGUCGACGUCAUCAGCCAGGCUAUGGACCCCCUCCCAGGACAGCACAUAGGCUUCCUAGCCGACAUGGCCGACCUGGUAAAAUCAACCCUCGCCCCCGGAGAAGAAAUGAGCGCUCUCCUCUCCAGAAUGGAGCACGAACUCAAAUCGCUACUGAAUGCUUACGUCCCCCCCCCUCCCUCCCAACGGGAAGUCGAUCUCCUCGCUUGGACAAGGAACCUCGUCGCCCUGGCCACAGCCCGCACCCUCUACGGCGCGUCAAACCCCCUUGAGGGAUUAGAGGGGUCAUUCUGGGAAUUCGACCACGGCCUCGGCGGGCUACUGGUCGGUAUCUGGCCCCAGGUGACGGCGAGGAAGGCCUACCGCGGAAGGGAGAAACUGGUCCAGUCUUUUGCGGCCUGGCUCCGAAACGGAAAACACAAAGAGGCAGACGUGGCACCCAUCAUCGCCAACCGGGUAGCCAUGGCCGCGAAACACGGGUGGGAGCUACAAGAGGUAGCCAGGUCCGAAGUGAGCUUCCUAUUCGCCGGGAUCGUCAACACCGCCACGACGAGCUUCUGGGGUGUACUGCAGACGUUCAACGACCCAAAACUCCUGGGGGGAUUAAGGGCAGAGUUGGCUGUUGAUCCCAACAGCAAGACGAUCGAUGCAAGGUUGAGGGAUGUCAAGCUGCUCUUGGAGGCGGUGGUGAACGAGUGUUUGAGGCUUGGGAGCGACACUUACUCCACGAGGGUGGUGGUCCCAAAGGAGGGGGUCGAGGUUGAAGUCAAAGGAAAAGAGUACUGGUUCCAGGGGGGCGCGGUGGUGCAGAUUUCGGGGGGGACGAUACAUGCCUCCAAGGAAAACUGGGGGGAGGACGCAACGGAAUUCAAACCGGAGAGGUUCUUGAAGGGGGUCAGCUUCAAGAACUUUAGGGCUUUUGGUGGGGGGCAGACGCUCUGUCCGGGGAGGAAUUUUGCCCUUGCUGUUGUCAGGUUGUUGAUUGCCAUGGUGGUGACCAAGUUUGAUAUCGAGGUUGUAGGCGGGAAGCUCCCGGAGAAGGAGGACGGGGUGCUGCCGGUGCAUAUCCUGGAGCCCAAGGAGAGGGUGAUGGUCAAGGUGAGCGUGAGGGAUGAGAGAAAGUUUGGAGAUUUUGGAGCAACAGACAAGACGAGUAGGUGAUGGGUAUACCGCCACGCUGUGGACAGAAAAGAGAGCCCUUACUAACCAGACAAUGUGUCAUGCAUGUACCUUUCAAGUAACUACAAAUUCACUCCACCCCCCACAACAAACCC